AUGGCAAACUUAGAAGAAGCCAAUAGUGUUAAACCUGAAAAAUUUAUCGGUCAUAAUUUUCGUAGGUGGCAAAAACAAGUGAAAUAUUGGUCAGCUGUCCUAGGAUUAAUUUCUGCCCUUGAGGAAUCACAACCAAGUAAAGAGUCAUCUUCUUUGUUAAACCCAGAACAAAUUGAAUACCAUAGUUAUAAUAGAAUUUUGAGUGCCCUUUCUGAUCAUCUUUAUGAUGUGUAUCAUGCUACUACAUCUACUGGCAAAGAACUCUGGCAAGCUUUAGAGGCCGCAUAUGGAAUUGUGGAUGCUGGAAUUGAUAGGUUUACAGUAUCUAAUUUUAAUGGGUAUAAAAUGGUUGAAAACAAGUCUGUGGGGGAACAAAUUCAUGAGUAUCAAGAGCUAUUAAGAGGAGUAGAAAAGAAAGGAACCAAAUUUAGUGAAGAUUUUAAGAAACCAAGUGGAGGAAGUGUAACUCUAGGAAAUGACACAGUCGCACAAGUGCUUGGAAUUCGAGAUAUAGAACUAAAGAUGACAUCUGGAAAGGUUUUAGUAUUGAAGGAAGUGCGACAUGUACCAAAUGUUAGAAGGAAUUUAAUUAGCGGAUCUUCUUUAGUACAGCAAGGCUACAAAGUUGUAUUGGAAUCAAAGAAGGUUGUAAUAACCAAGAAUAAUAGGUUAUUCAUCCUAAAGCUUUCAAUAUGGAAUCCAGUAAUGUUUGGCAUAUGGAAGGUUGGGACACAUAAACUUGAUGAAAAUAAAAAAGAUGAUGGAUUGCCACCGACAUUUAUAGAUGAUUGUUCAAAGUACUGUUAUAUUUAUUUGAUAAAGACCAAGGAUGAAGUAUUUAACAAAUUCAAAGUUUACAAGACCGAAGUACAAAAUCAAUUAGAAAGGAGAAUUAAGAGAUUUAGGUCUGGUAGAGGUGGUGAAUACACUCUUAAUGAUCUUAGUGUGUUUUGUGAAGAGCAUGGUAUAAUACAUCAAGUGACAGCACCCUAUUCUCCACAAUCUAAUGGAGUUGCAGAAAAGAAGAAUAGGACUUUAUUGGACAUGAAGAAGAGAGUUGAUAAUCUUCAAGUCUUGAAAGUGUGGGGGUGUUUGGUUAAAGUUGCAAUCCCUGAACCUAAGAGGAAGAAGACUGGACCAAAAACUGUGGAUUCUGUUUUCUUAGGUUAUGCUCAUAAUAGUAGUGCCAAUAGGUUUCUAGUCAUAAAUUCUGAAAUAAGUGAAAUUUCUAAUAAGACAAUAUUGGAGUCAAGGGAUGCAACUUACUUUGAGGACAUAUUUCCUUUCAAGACUAGAAUUCAGAAGCAAGUAGUAGAUAGAUCCAUAUCUAAUAAUGGUUCCGAUAAAGCCUCCACUAGUACUAAUCUCCCAGUUGUAAAUGAAGAAGAGCCUCAAGCAGAACCUAGAAGGAAUGCUCCUACAACUUAUAGAGAAGUUAUGAUCUCAAUAGAUGCUCCGUUUUGGAAAGAGGUGAUAAAUAGUGAGGUUGAAUAUAUUUUACAAAAUAACACUUGGGAAUUAACAGAUUUACCACUUGGGACUACACCAAUUGGUUAUAAAUGGGUGUUUAGGAAGAAAUUGAAGCCAGAUGGAAGCAUAGACAAAUACAAGGCUAGAUUAGUAGCCAAGGGAUUCACUCAAAAGAAAGGAAUUGAUUAUUUUGACACUUACUCCCUUGUCUCUAGGACCACUACUAUUCGGACCCUUAUAGCAUUAGCUUCCAUACACAACUUAGUAGUUCAUCAAAUGGAUGUUAAAACAUCGUUCUUGAAUGGAGACUUAGACGAAGAAAUCUAUAUGGAGCAACCUGAGGGAUUUAUUGUGAAAGGUCAGGAGCAUAAAUCUUAUCUAGCAAGGAAGUUUGAUAUGAAAGACCUAGGAGAAGCCUACAUUAUUUUGGGAAUGAAAUUAGAAAGAACACAAGAUGGCUUUACUUUGAAUCAAUCCAGUUCAAUUGAGAAAAUGCUCAAAAAGUUCAACUAUUUUACUAGAAAUCCAGUUUCAACACCCUAUGAUCCUAGUGUGAGCUUAAAGAAAAAUAAUGGCGAGCCUGUGUCUCAACUUAAGUAUUCACAAAUGAUUGGAUCCUUGAUGUAUAUUGCAAAUAAAACUAAGGCAGACAAAUAUAGCCUAUGCUGUAGGAAGAUUGAGCAGAUAUACGCAUAA